AUGGGAAACAUCACUCGCGCACGCUCACCACUCGGCGCGUUUCCGGUCGACAGUACAUCAUUUUCUCACAGCCGGACUGCUGUUGGUGACAGCGUGGCACGUUCUACUGUUCCGUAUUCCCGCUCAUCUGAUGGUUCACUUGAUGAGGCAAUUACUGCUGGCAUACGUCGCCGAAGGACAGAUUCUGCUGCUGGCCAGGAUGACCCAACAAUCCUUACGCCCUCGCGCACAAAACGGCUCAAAUUGUAUGCGAAGAAGAUGGCCGAGGAGAACGAUGUCUCAGAAAAGAGUCUCUUUGACUUUAUUGAUACCGGAGGAAUAUAUUACAUGCUCAUUGAUCUCAAAGUGUCUAUGAUGAAGAGUGAUACAGGCCGAAAGGCUGCUCUUCUCCUUGAUUUGAAAGAGUUGCUAAACUCUAAAGAUUUCAAAUCCGCACUCCAAAAUCGUUUGAUAGCAUGUCUAUUGUCACCAAACAUUACCGCAUAUGUGACGGACACACAUCCCCACAUCAUGAAUUUCAUCAAGGACAACAGUGGCGUAUUCAAAGUUCCACCAUCGCUGUUUGAGGAUGUAGAACUGACUGCAAUAUUGGCGAAAAUCGUCAGUGAGCUGCUUUCAUCAAUUCGCGGUAACAUGAAGAGCAAGUUACUCGCGUCUAUCCGCAAACGCAUGAGCAUCAUGGACACAGCAAAAUCACUUGCGCAUGGCUCUAUCGAGGUUGACUCCGCUCAUUGGAACAGGCUUGCAUUUUUGCGGCGCUGCUUGCGCGUCUUCAUGAUUGGUAUCAGCAACUACAGGAUUGUUUCACUCAAAGCCCUUUAUUCACCUUCUCUUAUUCCGUCUCUCCAUGCUGCUGUCCGUGCCAGAAUUGGACCGCUGCUUGGCAUUGACAUCGACAGCAUCGAGCGUGAGAUGCUAGGCGGAGAAGAUGAAGACAUUCUGGAUACUAACCAGGACAAUGAAGGCCAUGAUACAUACAACGUGGGAGCCGCUGCCAGUGGAGCCAUCGACAAUAGCGAUUUAGUUGAUGGUACAGGGUUGGAGGAGAAUCUAGGUAACAGCGGUGAUGCAGACCAGGAUUACGAGCCUGAGGAUAGCGAGGGGCCUGAUACUACCCCGGAUAGCCAAGUUCUUGCUGAAGACGACUCCGGCUUUGGAGACAAUGGCAAGCCCGCCGUUUUCACUGCAGGAAAAUUUUGGAACUUUGUUGAUACCUCGCUCGAGAACAUUCGCAAAGUUGCCAAGCAGGAGGCAGCGAACAAUCAUCAAGGAACCAUUCCCCUUCAUACAUCAAUCGAAACCACGUUUCGGCAAAUGCUUGUAGAAUAUUUUCAGGAGGACCUCGCUGAUUUUCCCGGCAACAUGUCCGUUCCUAAGCUCCUCACCAAUAAUAGCCCCCAGUGGCAGACCACCAUUCAGAACAAGCUCCUGUGGAAUCAGGAUCUGUGA